AUGGACAUUUAUCCGCCUGGGCCUCCAUCGCCCUGCCCCUCACAAUGGACAUUUAUCCGCCUGGGCCUCCAUCGCCCUGCCCCUCACAAUGGACAUUUAUCCGCCUGGGCCUCCAUAGCCCUGCCCCUCACAAUGGGCAUUUAUCCGCCUGGGCCUCCAUCGUCCUGCCCCUCACAAUGGGCAUUUAUCCACCUGGGCCUCCAUUGCCCUGCCCCUCACAAUGGACUUUAUCUGCCUGCCCCAUCCAUCGCCCUGCCCCUCACAAUGGACAGUUAUCCGCCUGGGCCUCCAUCGCCCUGCCCCUCACAAUGGACAUUUAUCCGCCUGGGCCUCCAUCGCCCUGCCCCUCACAAUGGACUUUUAUCCGCCUGGGCCUCCAUCGCCCUGCCCCUCACAAUGGGCAUUUAUCCGCCUGGGCCUCCAUUGCCCUGCCCCUCACAAUGGACAGUUAUCCACCUGGGCCUCCAUCGCCCUGCCCCUCACAAUGGACAUUUAUCUGCCUGCCCCAUCCAUCGCCCUGCCCCUCACAAUGGACAGUUAUCCGCCUGGGCCUCCAUCGCCCUGCCCCUCACAGUGGGCAUUUAUCCGCCUGGGCCUCCAUCGCCCUGCCCCUCACAAUGGACAUUUAUCCGCCUGGGCCUCCAUCGCCCUGCCCCUCACAAUGGACAUUUAUCCGCCUGGGCCUCCAUCGCCCUGACCCUCACAAUGGACAUUUAUCCGCCUGGGCCUCCAUCGCCCUGCCCCUCACAAUGGACAUUUAUCCGCCUGGGCCUCCAUCGCCCUGCCCCUCACAAUGGACUUUUAUCCACCUGGGCCUCCAUCGCCCUGCCCCUCACAAUGGGCAUUUAUCCACCUGGGCCUCCAUCGCCCUGCCCCUCACAAUGGACUUUUAUCCACCUGGGCCUCCAUCGCCCUGCCCCUCACAAUGGACAUUUAUCCGCCUGGGCCUCCAUCGCCCUGCCCCUCACAAUGGACUUUUAUCCACCUGGGCCUCCAUCGCCCUGCCCCUCACAAUGGACAUUUAUCCGCCUGGGCCUCCAUCGCCCUGCCCCUCACAAUGGACUUUUAUCCACCUGGGCCUCCAUCGCCCUGCCCCUCACAAUGGACAUUCGUCUGCCUGCCCCAUCCAUCACCCUGCCCCUCACAAUGGACAUUUGUCUGCCUGCCCCAUCCAUCACCCUGCCCCUCACAAUGGGCAUUUAUCCGCCUGGGCCUCCAUCGCCCUGCCCCUCACAAUGGACAUUUAUCCGCCUGGGCCUCCAUCGCCCUGCCCCUCACAAUGGACAUUUAUCCGCCUGGGCCUCCAUCGCCCUGCCCCUCACAAUGGACAUUUAUCCGCCUGGGCCUCCAUCGCCCUGCCCCUCACAAUGGACAUUUAUCCGCCUGGGCCUCCAUCGCCCUGCCCCUCACAAUGGACAUUUAUCCGCCUGGGCCUCCAUCGCCCUGCCCCUCACAAUGGACUUUUAUCCACCUGGGCCUCCAUCGCCCUGCCCCUCACAAUGGACAUUUAUCCGCCUGGGCCUCCAUCGCCCUGCCCCUCACAAUGGACAUUUAUCCGCCUGGGCCUCCAUCGCCCUGCCCCUCACAAUGGACAUUUAUCCGCCUGGGCCUCUAUCGCCCUGCCCCUCACAAUGGACAUUUAUCCGCCUGGGCCUCCAUCGCCCUGCCCCUCACAAUGGACAUUCGUCUGCCUGCAUGACAUAUUUUCCGAAAUGUGAAAUGUACUUAUUUUUCUAUUUUGAGUAA